UAUUUGUCUGCCCUUGUUGGUAGAUCACUGUGGCAUACCAGCAUGAGCUAAUGUGAAGAGCUUGAUUUGCGAGGAGAGGAUCUCUGAGUCCAUGGUUCUGCUCGGAGGAGACUUGCUCGUGUGAAACCGAUGGAUCUGACAACGUGGGCUAUUUACCCUUUGCUGCUGGGCAGUAUCGGAGUGUACGGCCUGUAUAAGCUGCUGCAGAGGCUGAGGAGUGGGGCCUACCUCCAGGAUGCUGUAGUGGUCAUCACCGGGGCCACGUCUGGCUUGGGCAAAGAAUGUGCAAAGGUCUUUUAUGCGGCUGGCGCUCAUCUUGUUCUAUGUGGACGUGAUGAAGAAAGAUUAAAGGAUCUGGUACAAGAACUUAACCAGAUGCGGUUAAAAUCAGCUCAGCUGCAUAAACCACACAUGGUGAUAUUUGACUUAUCUGAUGUGGAAGCUGUAAACAGUGCAGCAAAAGAGAUCCUGCACCUUACAGGGAGGGUGGACAUUCUCAUAAACAAUGCCGGGAUCAGUUAUCGUGGCACAAUUCUUGACACAAAGGUCAGCGUGGACAGAAUGGUGAUGGACACCAAUUACUUUGGACCAGUUGCUUUAACUAAAGCCUUCAUCCCAUCAAUGAUCAAGAACAGACGUGGGCAUGUUGUUGUGAUCAGCAGUGUUCAAGGCAAAAUAAGUAUCCCUUUCAGAUCUGCCUAUUCAGCAUCGAAACAUGCAACACAGGCCUUCUUCGACUGUUUGAGGGCAGAGAUGUCACCACAUGAUAUUGAUGUCACGGUUAUAAACCCCGGGUAUAUAAAAACAAACAUGUCCGUGAAUGCAGUCACCGGUGAUGGUUCCAGUUAUGGAGUUAUGGAUAAGAACACAGCAGAAGGAAGAACACCAGAAGACGUUGCACAGACUGUUCUUUGUGCUGUGGGUGAGAGAAGGAAGGAGCUGUUGGUGGCUGGCUUGGUGCCCACUCUGGCAGUAUAUUUAAGAACUCUCUCCCCAACAAUAUUCUUCUCCCUUAUGUCAGCAAGAGCUAAAAAAGAAAGAAAGCUAAAGGAUUCAUAACACUGAAAAUGAGAUUCUAAUCUUAAAGUGAAACUAACGGUUUGUAUUUAAAAUAUGGUGUGAAAUUAACAAAUAUCCUUUAUAUGUCAAGAUACGUACCACUAGAUCGUGAAGCAUUGCAGGCACCAGCUUUAUGGUUUCUUCUUUAAUGUGUUAUUUAACUCCCUCCCUCUGUCAUUUAAUACAUUUUAUAAUAAAUAUUUCAACAAGAAGAGCACUACCUUAAGGGUCAGGCCACACAGGGCGUUUUGGGGAGAUUUGGGCGACUAAUCGCCUUGUUUUUGCUUUGAUGAAAAAGCGCAGACUUUUCUGAAGUCGCCCCUUCGGACGACUUCAGAAAAACGAAUCGCCGCGUUUUUUGUUUUUUUUUUUCAUUUUAGCUGGCACAGAUUCAGGGAGGGCGUUUGGGGAAAAACGAGGCGAUUAGUCGCCAGGCGACCAAAUCUCCCCAAAACUCCCAGUGUGGCCUGACCCUAGAGGAGAACUA